UUAUCAUUUAGUGAAGAAAAAAUGUAUUUUAUCCCAGUUCUUGAUAUUAUCAAAAUCAUAACACUCAUUGUGCAUUCAAUAGGAAUAAUUGGAAACUCACUGGUUUUAAUGAUCAUUUUUUGUAGAAGAUCAACGAGAACUAAGGCAUAUAUUUUUAUAGCAAAUCUGGCCUUAGCAGACAUUUGCUUCCUUCUUUUCCAAAUAGUUACUUCUGCCAUCAGAGUUCCAGGAAAUUUAAUGAUUUUCUCAUUUUAUGUGACAUUUGUGACAAUCACUGUCAGUAUUCACACUCUAGUGCUCUUAGCAAUUGAUAAGUUCUUAACACUCGUGCUGGUGUAUAAAUCUGUAGUGUUAAAGACAUCAAGAAACCUCCUCAUUACAGUGGCUUUGCUAUGGGCUGUCUCCAUAUUGGCAUGUAUCCCAGGCAGCAUGCUUCUCGACAUGGAUCAUGGCUACCUGUACCAAGCUGGUCCAUACGUUACUAUCAAUCAGACGUACAAUGUCGACAAAACGCCAUACCAGGCAAUUUUUGCCAGCUUUUUUGCAUUUAACUAUUUGGGUCCGCUGAUUGCAAUUACUGUGAUGUACGCCAAGGUUAUUUAUCAACUGAACUACAAGGACAGGCCAAACCCUGGGAACAAUCCAGCAGAGAUAAAAGUUAUCAAAGACAAAAGGAGGCUUACAUUUUUGAUGAUAGCAGUAACUGUUGUAUUUGCUGUCUGUUGGUUCCCAAAAUGGGUUGAUUAUUACCUACUUUUCUUCACAAAUGUGGACAAUACUAAUGAAACAUACAGGAUUUUUUCAGGUUUCGCUUAUUUUUCAGCAGUCAUUAACAGAGCUGUGAAUCCCAUCUUAUAUGCAUUUAUUUAUGUGGAUUUCAGAAAACAAGCUCUCAAUGUAUUUAAACAAAUGACAGUCUGUUGUAAGUAAUGGUUAUUGUAACAUAUUACUCCUACAUAAUUUAGAUUAAAUUAAAUUUCUAUUAAUCUCUUCAAAUAUGGGUUUUGUGAAUAUCUACAAAAGUGUAAAACAGCAGCACUUUCUUUAUUUUCUCGGUAAUUUUUUUUUCCACUCUCAGUCUUUGCUCAGCUGGCUAUUUUAAGUGUUCUAUUAUUGAUUGCUGCUUGUAAAAACAGUAUUUUGUAGUCUUGCUUUUUUAACUGUACACUAAAAUAUCACAAUGAAUUAGAUAAUUUUAGUAAAUAUAUCUAUAUUUUCACAGCAGCUUUAUCAGCAUAUGUUGCACAAAUCUUCUAUAUUUCUGUCGAACAUACGAUCAAUGGUUGUAUUCUUUCUCCAACAUGCCAUGGUUAUUUCUUUCUUUCUUACUUCCUCUUUAAUGAAGACCACUGAUAGUUCAAAUAAUGGCCUGUCUGCAU